AUGGACCUGAGCAUCCCAUCUGGCUACGAGUCAUACUCAAACCGACUUGACCCUCAUGACGAAGUCGACAAUGGCCAUGCUGAAAAGGCAGCUCGUCUGAGUUCAGAUGAACAAACUCUUCUCAAGCAGCGCAGGGCGCCGCCAAAACCCAAAGGCGGUGCUCUAGACACCAUCCGUCUCGCCUUACGAGUUCUUAUCCUUCUCGUCAACUUGAGCAUUCUUGGCUUACUGGCACAUGGCGUUAAUGUUUGGCAGGCCACACAUAGCUCCAUUGACAGGAACGAUGAUGGCUGGGUGAGAACUCGAUGGCCUUCCAUCAAGAUGCUGUCGACGUGGCUUAUGCUGGCCGUUACCAUAUUCGCAUCUGUCGUCCAACUAGUCGCACUUGUGACGCGCCUCAGUUUUUUGCGUUCCAUGCGCGAUGGCGUAGUACACAACGUUACUGUCUUUGUCAGCUCCGGGAUUGUCAUUGGUGGCUGGAUCGCAGCGACUGUGUAUCUCAUUGUCGAUAAAGAAGUUCUGCAGAACAAUCACUGGGAUCUCUGGUCUUGGUCCUGUCAGAACCGUUCACGACGAAGCUACAUACCCUGGGCAAGCUUGUGCACAGAGAUGACGUAUGCCUUUGCUGCAAGUCUGAGUGUGGUCUUACUGGAGAUUGUUACCUUGGUCCUCUUCAUUAUCUCUAUGCGAGGAAUGAACAUCCUUGGCAAAUACAACAGGGCUAGGUCAACUUGA